AGGACAGCGCGCAAGGUGGGAGGGAGGGCGCGUGCGCAAGCGGACACGCGCGGAGUCGGUGCAGCGCGGCGGGCCAGACAGUGCGCCUGUGCAGCCCGCGCAGCCCGAUGGAGCGCAGUGGUGGGAACGGAACCGGAGCCCCCUCGGAAGGGGUGCUGAAGGGCACCUCGCUGCAGCCCACAAAGUCCACGGAAGCGAGCGCAGGGCGAGCCUCACAGCCCACCCCUCGGCAGCCAGGCAUGGAUGGAUUUUUAAAAUCAGAUGAGAGACAAAGAUUAGCCAAAGAGAGACGAGAAGAAAGAGAAAAAUGUCUGGCUGCCAGGGAACAGCAGAUCUUAGAGAAACAGAAAAGAGCCAAACUUCAGUAUGAGAAACAAAUUGAGGAGCGAUGGAGAAAACUUGAGGAGCAGCGUCAGCGAGAGGACCAGAAGAGGGCUGCAGUGGAAGAAAAGAGGAAGCAGAAGCUCCGAGAAGAAGAGGAACGUUUGGAAGCAAUGAUGCGCCGGUCCCUGGAGCGUACACAGCAGCUAGAGUUGAAGAAGAAGUGUUCAUGGGCAGGAUCACCGGCCUCAGGGCCUGCUGGAGGACGUGAUGGUGAAUCAGAAAAUACCCCACCCCUUCCUCUAACUUUAGCAGCCAGCACCCUCCCUUCGGACACAGGGACCACUACAGCUGCUGCCGAGUCCACCAACGCAUGUGACAAACUUUCAACAUCAACCAUGAAUUUGCCAAAGCAGACGGACCCUCCUAUGAGUAAACGCCUGUCUUCAUCCACCGUGGCAAUAUCUUAUUCCCCAGACCGAGCUCUUGGAAGCCCUCUCAAAUCUUCAUACAAGUCCUCUCCAACCCGGACCACUGAGAGGAAGAAGGGUACACCUUCAUCUGGUGUGGGAGAUGCUGGGAAGGGAGCCAUGGCAGGAGCAGAGCCAUCUCAGAUGGAGAAAGUGAAGAAGGGACGAGUGACAACUUCUGUUUCCACUGGGGGUCUUGGGUCCCCACUGAGAAGAUGUGAGCCUCCUGAAGACAUUCCUAAGAGGUCAUCUUCUCCUGUGAAAUCUAAGACAGUUUCAAAAGCAUAUCCACAGUCUCCAAAGAGAAGUGAAGUCUCCAAAGUGAAGCCCCCAUAUAUAGGGUCUCCUGUGAAAUACCGCUUUCCUCCCAUUCCCAGUGAAGAAGCACUCAAGAAGAAGGCAGAGAAGGAGAAGAGCAAUAAGGAAAAGGAGGGUGCCACUGGUCAGCAGGCCACUGGCAUAUCCAAAGAAGAAACCCUAGAGAAGCACAUGGCUGACAAGUAUGCCACUGAGAAGCACAUGGUUGACAAACCUGUCACUGAGAAGAACGUGGUUGACAAACCUGUCACUGAGAAGUAUGUAGCUGAUAAGCAUGCCACUGAGAAGCAUUCUACCACAGGAGGGAAGACUGAGCACAGUGCAGGAAAACCCUCAGCAGGCACCACUGAUGCAGAGGAGGCUGCAAAAAUUCUAGCUGAAAAGAGACGUCAGGCUCGGUUACAGAAGGAACAAGAGGAACAAGAACGGUUCGUGAAGGAAGAACAAGAGAGGCUGGAAAAAGAGGAAUUGAAAAGAAAGGCAGAAGAGGAAAGGCUACGCCUAGAAGAAGCCCGUAAGCAAGAAGAAGAAAAGAAGCAAGAGGAAGAAGAGAAAAGAAAGGCAGGAGAGAAGGCAAAACAGAAGGCUGAGGAGGAGCUGUUGUCAAAAGAGAAACAAGAAAAGGAAAAACAAGAGAAAGCCAUCAUUGAAAAGCAGAAAGAAACAGCAGAAGCAAAGGCACAGGAGGCCGUUAAACAGAUGCGUUUAGAAAGAGAACAGAUCAUGCUGCAGAUUGAGCAGGAACGACUGGAGAGGAAGAAGAGAAUAGAUGAAAUCAUGAAGAGAACAAGGAAGAGUGAUGCGUCUCUAGAAGUGAAGAAGGAAGACCCCAAAGUGGAGAUUCAGCCUGUGGUAGAUGUGGAAAAUAAGACAAGACCAGUUGUCCCCAACAAAAUAGAAAUCAGUGGAUUGAACACCUGUCAGGAAGUAAAUGACUCAGAGCAUGCUGCUCCAGAAACUUUUCCCCAAGACAUUUUCUCCAAUGGUCUUAAACCAGUUGGGGCACCUGUUCAUCUGGAGGGCCUUGAUGGGAAAUCCAACAGUCUGGAUGAUUCAACUGAAGAAGUUCAGUCUAUGGAUGUGAGUCCUGUUUCCAAAGAAGAGCUUAUAUCCAUCCCAGAAUUUUCACCAGUGAGUGAAAUGAUUCCUGGAAUGUCUCUGGACCAAAAUGGAACUGGUAAUGCCCGGGCACUUCAAGAUAUCUUAGAUUUUACUGGCCCGCCUACGUUCCCCAAGAAAUCCAGUGAAAAUCUCAGCCUUGAUGACUGUAACAAAAACCUCAUCGAAGGAUUUAACAGUCCUGGGCAAGAAACUACUCUGAACACCUUCUGUUGACAAAGACAGCAUUCUUUUAAUGAAAGGUGGUGUUUGGAUCACCCAUGAAGCUGUCGGUAUUAAAUCUGAGCUGCUAGCCACCUGAAGAAGCUUCUUUCGCCUUUAACCGCUGGAUUCCAAAUUACUAGAUCAGAAUGUAACUGUAUUCCUAGGUUGUUUGACAAACACUGGCCUCUCUUGGUAGAAACCUUGAGAUUUUUGCCUUGUUGGGCUUUAGCAAAGUUUCAUUUUAUGGUUCUAUUUAUGAGCUUCUGCUGCUGCUAAAGCAUUUCCUUAUCCUUCUCUGAUAUCAUAUCCUGCGUGAUGCUGACUGGGAACCUCACUUUAGGACACUUGCAUUCCCAGAGUUGGAGCACAUAGACAUUUAGAUGUCUCUUCCUAUAAAAAUCUUCUAUUUAUCCACACUCUAGUUAAACAUGUACUUGACUUGGGCUGCUUAUUAUAUUCCUGUAUUUUUUUAGUGGGGGAGAAAUCUAGCCAUUUUCUCUCCCUCUCAGGUUUCUGUUAAUUUAUUGUUAUUAUUAAGCUUCAUCACCUGCAGAACAUUAGUCCAUAUUACUUGUUUGGACAUUAAGUAAGUUCGGUUGAAUAAAUAAUUAAAUAGUGGCAAUUAUUUCUUUCCCCUUAUGCAUACAUGGGCAACAUAUGAUACCAAGGACCUUUUCAUAUCAUGCCUUUAAAAUCUUCAAAUUGUCACUCCAAACCAUUGAAUGACUUUUCAGCUGAAUGAAUCACAUCUCCUGCAGGUGGUUGUUUUUAUGGUUUUGCUAUUGUUUUUAUAUUGGCUCUUGGGAGAUUCUUUUUGUUCGCUCCUAUGUUUGCUUAACUGUAAUAAAAAUAAAGUUACAGUGCUUUGAAAAGGGGCCUGAAGUUGGUCCCAGUAUGUCACUUUAAUAGACUUUAACGUUAAAAAGUCUGAACGUGGAAAAAAUGACACUAGAAUGUAUCACUCCAUACAUUUUAUGCCAUAUAAUGCUAUAUUUAAAAUUUUCAUUUCUUGUGGUGAAAUGUAGCUUUACUAUUAAAAUGACCUUUUCUUUGGAACUUUUUGUUUUGACUUUUACCUUAAGCCUUUUGAAAAGAUCUGUAAUUUUGAGAUUUACAACCAAGAGUUAUAAACAAAUCUCAGUAGUGAUCUUGUUCUGUACUUUUAAAGCUGGUACAGUUUAAGAAUGUAUUAGUCUCAGAAGCUAUGUAUGUUUAUGUGAUAUAGUCUAAAUAAAAUGCAUACCUCUAAAAAUGUGCCCUUGACCUUGGUGAAUAUAUCAAAGGAGAUAUAUCUUUUAUGACAAGCACACAGAUGAUAGCAUGGCUUGACAUCUAAAAAUAUGACUGGGCAUUUUUCUUAAAGCUUUAUUUUGCUAAGCAUCCAUCUCAUUGAGCUCCAUUGUACCUCACAGCACACUGUGAUUAUGUGAUGCCUCAUUUGCAUGAUGUGUACAUUCUGUUUAAUGUUAAAUACAUUUUCAUUGAAGAGUC